AUGAUUUUGGAUACAGAUGCGGCAGCUGGUCAGAUUGCGGGGGUAGAUGAGAGCACAGCUACUGCUGCUAUUUCAGCCAACCAGGGCAGCCAGCAACAGCAUCAAGUCACCCAGCCAGCUUCGUCUCGCAACCUUAUAACAGUCCCAGUGUCGGCGAGAAAUAGUAAUAAGAAUAGACCUACACUUCAUACAAUGGCUGACUAUGUACGAAAACCUAUGCCCUUGAAGAAAAUGCAGGAGCUCGACGAACAGCUUGUGGAAAUGAUAGCGAAAGGCUAUCAUGCUUUACGUAUGGUUGACGAGGUGGAGUUCCGCAAGUUCGUGGAAAUGUUAAACCCGGGCUACACAUUACCCACUAGGAAAACUUUAUCUGAAAGCCUUUUGCCUAAAGUGUACGGCAAAAUGGUGAAAGCCGCUAGAAACCAACUGUCAAAGGCUAAGGCGAUAUGCGAGCGACACACUGCAGCCAAUUUAAAGGAAUUUUUUACUGAAAAAUUUAGAGAAUGGGAUAUUGACGGCUACGUCGGCGUCAUAGUCAGUGACAAUGCCGCUAACAUGCUUGCUGCGAUUCGUCUUGGAAACUGGUCAAGUAUUCCGUGUUUUGCCCAUACUUUAAAUUUGACGAUGCAAGCAAGCCUCGAUUCGAUACCGGACACCGUGACAAGAGUAAAAGCUGUGGUUCAAUAUUUCAACCGCAGUGCUCCUGGAGCGAGAAAAUUGAAAGAGCUUCAAGAGACCAUGGGUAUCGAAUCCCUUAAGCUUAAACAAGACGUAGCGACAAGGUGGAAUUCUACCUACGACAUGUUACACAGAAUGUCACGAAUGAGAGAAGCUAUCACUUUCGCACUGGCUUUAAUGCGACCGGACUUAUCUCUGGAUCAUACAGACUGGGAUGUUAUAACAAAAGCUCUGCCCAUACUUCAUAUUUUUUAUGAAGUUACCAUGGAAGUCUGUGGGGAGAACUAUGUUUCGGCUUCAUUGUAUAUUGUGUACAACAAACUUAUCAAACAAAAACUGGAAGCAUAUCAAAAUGACGCACCGUUUUUGCCACCAAUUACCAACUUACUGGAUAAGUUAAGAUCCCAAAUGCGUCAACGAUUCAUGGACGUGGAAUCAAACACAUUGCUCUGUGAAGAAACUAUCUUGGACCCAAGGUUCAAAAAAUUCGGCUUCAUCGACAUUCUAAAAUAUAAUAGGGCUGCAAGUGCCCUGAGAUUAAAGAUUGGCGCAGUGACUCUUCCCGCGGAAGAAGUUGGAACGUCUGCGCCUAUUAAUGCAGCACCUCAAACAAGUGACCAAAACAUCGGCCGUCGUAUGGGUUCAACUCUGUGGGAUACAUGGGACACGGACUUGUCGAGCCAAACUCCGCAAAACCAGGUUGCGGCGGGAAUUAUAGAGUUUGAUAAAUAUGUCCAAGAGCCAAUUGUGAGAAGACACGAAAAUCCAUUAAAAUGGUGGAAAGAGCGUAGAAACGUAUAUCCCCAUUUAUAUACCUUCAUGGUAAAACGGCUAAACAUCACCGCCACCUCCGUUCCUUGUGAAUGAGUGUUUUCAAAAGCUGGUUUGACGCUAAACCAGAGGAGGACCCGAUUAACAACAAAAAAAUUGUCUCAACUUGUAUUUAUAAGCUGCAAUUAAGCUUCGUAUAUAAAAAAAAAACUAAAAAA